AUGGCCACGGAAGCUAUGUACCAAAGCCCGCCAGCGGCGAGUGCCUUUCCGACGCCGUCUACAACCCCCAAACGUCCGCCUUCUAUGCAUGCCCGAGCCGAUUCCUCGCCCGGUCCAGCGUCCUCGCCUAUCUCCCUCCCGAACCAUAUCUCCUCUCCAGACGGACGCAGUGAUUUCGACGAUAUCGCGGAUGAAGAUGUUAUAUCGCCGUUAGACCCGCGAAGAUUCACGCCCACAUUACAUGCUUCCCUUGUCUCUGAAAUUCUCUCUCUGCGGCGAGAUGUCGAGAGCAGAACCAAAGCUAUCGAUGUUCUGGAGCGUACCCUCCACGAGUCUCGAGUCGAAAAUGAAGAGUUAGCCGAAAGGUUGUCCAAGAACUCAAAAGAGACGCGGUCACUUAAGCAUCAGCUUCAGCUGCUGGAAGGCGGUAGUUCAUCUGCUCUCACCGAAUUAGCCAAAGAGCGGGACGAUGCACUCGAGGGUAUUUCCGAGGUCCGCAGGAAACUCGAGCAGGCGCAAAAGAAGGCCAAGAGCCGGGAAGAAGAAUUGGAAAGGACUACAAAAAUAUGGACUCGCGAUAAGGAAGCAUGGGACGGCGAACGCAGAAACCUAGAGCGAAAAGUUCAUGUGGUCGAAGGUCGACUCAAGGUAGUCCUGAACGAAGUGGCAGCCGCCCAAGCUGCGAGAGAGCCAUCUAAAGGUGUUGAUAACAACACAAUCGACACGACGAAAGACGCUUCCAUAGGGAAGGACAGCGACUCGGCAAGUAUACAUUCUAGCAGUCAAGGGCGGCGCAGAACUAGCAUCACGAGCAUGAGUAGUGAUGAUGCCGCCGACGAACAUGACUUCCAUAAUGCGCGCUAUUCGGUGAUGAGCACUCACAUGCCGAGCUCGCAGACGAAUCUUGCACAGGAGCUAGCAUUUGACGAAGAAGAGGAGUUUGAUGAGCUUGAUGACGAUAUAGUUCUUGCAGACGAACGCCCUGCGUCGGUGCACUCUCAAUUCUCGAGUUCAAUGGGAAUGGACGCCAAAGCAAGGAAAAUUCUAGGUCUCUCAUUGCAAAGCAGCCUAGACGGCUAUGCAAUGAGACCAGAAACCCCGGAUCUCAAGAGCCCCCCGAUAAUCUCCGCACCUUCUUUCGAGUAUCGAGACACUGGUGUUCAGUACUCUCCGCCUCCGUCACCAACACUAUCUGCUCAGAGCGACAAGGGUGUGAAUGAAGUGGAAGAGACUAUAAAGGUACCUCUCUAUCAGUCAACGGACAGCAGUACCUUGACGUUGACAAUCGAUAUGGUGUCUUCCUCUGCUCAAACGAUUGACGACCUUCCAACUCCUCCUUGGACACCAAGGGUUGAAGCACCCCCUGCGCCGCCCGCACCUCCUGUUGUAGAACGGACACCCAUGGUAUCGUCAUCUGUCCAGACAGACCCUCCUGUCGAAUCCAAGGUUGAGUCAAAGUCUGUCGACACUGGAAUCAAGUCGCCACACAUGGAGGUUCCGAUGAUCACCAUACACCCUCCUCAGUCCGAGCCUCCUUCUCCUCGUGGAAGUGUGGUCCUACCACCUCAGACUAAGAGUGUCUCCUGCCAAGCUGACUUACAGCCGGCCAUCGAAAGCCGAACAAUCGGUAUUCAGACUGAGCCGAUUCGAGUGGACCAGCGGCCUGUCAAACUUCCAGCAAGCUUGCUACCGUCGGCGAUUCCGGACUUCCCUCUAAGUACCGCAUCGCAAGAGCACCACAUUCAGCCGUAUCAUGCUCCUCCUCCGAGAGCGGCCAAGGGCGAGAGGAAGCCACCGCCUCUCGUGGUUGAGCCGUCAUCAGCAGGAAGCAAGACUGGUCCAAUCCAAGCCUAUCCGGGGAACAACGACAACGGACCGUUGUCAGGUGACUCAAAGGCCAAUUUACGACGACCACUUCGAUCGAGCAGUCUCUUUGCCGGGUUCGAACAAGGAAGUGACGAAGAAUCACCUGAUGCCACAAGGGAUGUCUUUACCGAUGAUGAGCUUCUUAAUCGACCCUUUGCGUCAUACAAGUUGCGCAGAGGUAAAUUGGUCUCGGCGCAGGAACGCCGUCGCAGCCUAGACGAGGCCACUCUACCUGAGGUGAAUGAGGAUCUCGACUUGGAGUCUCAUUUUGAGUCGGGCAUUGGCGGAGGUGCUUUGAGGAAUCCUCCCGGAUCGUCUUGGUCACGCCCUGGCGCUUCAUCAAGUAACCGGCAACAGGAUAUACGCCGAACAGCGUUGAUCUCCAGCGGGGCAGCUACCCAUCAUCAGAAGAUGCGAGCGCGUAGCCCAAGCGAGCCAAGUAUCGACAGCGGUAGUGGUAGCAACGCGUCCAGCGUUCCGCCACCUUUCCCCGUUCCGAUCCGACUGAGCUCAAGGAAGUUCCCGCAGAGCGGCAGCGAUGGACGCCAGAGCCCAACUCCCUCGCGCAACUUCUCCGAUCGCCCACGGCCGAAUAUUGUGCGCCGGCCUACACUUCGGCGCGUUCGCUCGGCGGCUGCUAUGUCUCAGACCGAGCAGACCGAGCGGCCGACCACCCGAUCGUCGCCCGCUAUGUCGAUAUCAUCCUAUGCACCAGAUAGCCCUGGUCGCCCGCCAUUGCCUUUGGAUGAUAUUACGAUGCCUCGGCACCGACGAAGCACCCAAGGACGGCCAGUUCGUCAACCGAGCGUAUCACACCAUCUGACGCACGAGAGGCAGGACUCGACAGCCACAUCCGUGCAGCCAACUAGUGUGGUCGAUGCCAUUGCACAGACCAUGGUAGGCGAGUGGAUGUGGAAGUAUAUCCGUAGAAGGAGGUCGUUUGGUGGAGACAAGGACAACUGGGAGGGCCGAAACGCCGAAGAAGUUUCUGCCAGCAUCACCAACAGCGGAGUGAGGCACAAACGAUGGGUUUGGCUGGCGCCGUACGAACGAGCGGUCAUGUGGAGCAGCAAACAACCAACCAGCGGUCCUGCUUUACUUGGCAAGAGUGGUAGAAAGUUGGUCAUUCAAUCCGUUCUCGAUGUGAAAGACGACAACCCGUUGCCCAAGGGCUUCAACGGCCCAGGGCAGUUCAACCGUUCUAUCUUGAUCCUCACGCCUCAGCGCGCCCUGAAAUUCACAGCCACCAGCAUUGAGCGCCACUACAUCUGGCUCACAGCUCUAUCCUUCCUCAGCCACUCAGCCAUGGGCGUCCAAGACCUCGCGGCUCUUCCCCCUGUGCCGCAGGAGGAGUACGUCCGCCCAGCACCGACAGCAACCCUACGCCGCAACCCAAUCCGCGACUCCAUCCGAAUCGCCAAGGGCCGGCCACGUCCGUUCCCCAAGGGCAAGAAACGGUCCUUCACGAAUAGCAACCACCCGGAGCCCGUCCCAGAGCUCCCUGCGCACCUCGAAGUUGGAAACCGAAAUUCCGACGAGGCCGCAGACCCCCCGACGGUGCCGCGGUUCUCGAACCACUCGCGCAAGCGCAGUAACACGGCGCCGCGGAUGCCGAUUCCUAAUAUCCGCAGCUUCUCGAGUCAGAAUACCAUGCCUUCCAUGCGGAGCUCGCCUGACCCGCCGGGGCCAUCCUCACACUCGGGCGGGUUUGCGAGCGUGCGCAGCAGCUUCAGCCACCGAACUUCCGAGAAUAGCGUGAGAACAGGCAACUUCUUUGAUGCAAUCGGUACAGUCCGCAUGGAGGCGUUUAUCGAUCAGACCGACUCGAACCGGUAUCGCAGCGUAGCCGCCCGGCGGCAUACGCGCAAGCCAUCAACGCCCUGGAGUAUGAACCAGGGAUACCCGGAGCCUCUUGAGUUUCCCUACGAAGAGGGCGGCGGGUUCCAUCGCCACGACGACCCUUUCCGUGGGUUCUAA